CUCCCACAGUUUGUCCAUUCUCUUUGACGUCCCAUCUUUGGUGUAUUUUUUCAGAUACUUUGUAUCAACAACACAGCUAAACACAGCUAAAGAGCUCGACAGGGGAAAGUUUUGCUGGUGCCCAGCUGCAGUCGGGAACCCGCCAUGACGUCACCAAGUGGCGCAGGAAGAUGGGGGACUGGAAGGAUGAGGAAACCGUCACGCGCGCGGACACCUCAAACCGAUCAAACCUGCACUGGGGGGACGCCACUGCUCUUUAAAGCGCUCCAACGCGCCGCCAUGCUUAAAUCUGCGGUUCACCAACCGGGUUUGUGCUGAAAACGCCCCCGGUGGGGGGAAAAAAACCGGAAAAAACAACAACGGGCGAUAAAUGGAUGCGCAAGAUGGUGUUUCUAGCCUAAUAUUUACAUGUCAGCGCUGUCAGCGCGUCCGGUGUGAUGACGGACGCGUCUGAUCGGGAAGCAUGGGGAUCAAGCUCAGCGGAAAGGGUCAAAGGAGCCGCAGUUUGGCCAUCUUGUUUGCCAUCCUCAUUCUGAUGACGCUCCUGAUUCUAUACGGCUCCAACAACAGCCCAGACGCCAUCUACCCUCCCUUCCAUGUGGCAGAAAACCACGCCCUCAAAACAACAGACCUCAAAAAGUGGGCUUGGAAGGAUGACUAUGUGCCACUUUACGGAAACAAAACUCACAGCCUUCGCUGUCACAACUGUGCUCUGAUAACGAGCUCCAGCCACGUCCUGGGCAGUCAAGCUGGAAAUGAGAUCGAUCAAACGGAGUGCGUCAUUCGCAUGAAUGACGCCCCCACGUUAGGGUACGGCUCUGAUGUCGGUAACCGGACCACACUGAGGGUCGUAGCUCACGCCAGCGUGUUUAGGGUGGUCCGAAGGCCAACCGACUUCCUGCAGAACCUGGGCAGCAACUCCACCAUCAUCUUCUGGGGGCCGCCGAAUAAGAUCGGGAAGGACGCCAAGGGGACACUCUACAGGCUGAUCCAGAGGGUCAGCAUGACCUACAGAAACGUGACCUUCUUCAGUAUUUCGCCAAACAAGAUGCGCAAGUUUGAUAAUCUGUUUCAAAGAGAAACCGGACGAGACCGGCAAAAAUCUCACUCAUGGCUGAGCACCGGCUGGUUCACAAUGGUCAUCGCCAUUGAAAUAUGUGACAACAUCAAAGUAUACGGGAUGGUUCCGCCCAAUUAUUGUGGAAAAAACACCACAUCCAAGAAGAUGCCGUACCACUACUACAAACCAAGAGGGGGUGACGAAUGUGUAAUGUACAUGCAGAACGAGGGCGGCCGACGAGGAAACCACCAUCGCUUCAUCACUGAGAAGCAGGUGUUUGCACGCUGGGCUAAGCAGUACAACAUCACUUUUACGCAUCCCAAAUGGUGAGAGGAGGAAGAUAAAAAACCACCAGGACACUGCUCGGUCAGACAAUUGAUGCUAAACAAGUGGUGGCUACAUUUUCAGAGCCUUCAAAGACUAGGAAACGUAAAAAAGAUAUAUAUAAAUCACAAGAAGUGACUUUAAGGAGGCAAAAAGGAUGUUGGAUCUUGCAGAGGAGCCAGUUUUUGGUUUUGCUGCAUUGUGGAACCUGUCUGACAAAACAGAUUUGUAAAUAGAAAUACGAAAUUUUAAGAAUUUUCUACGUAUUUAUAUAAUUUUUAUUAUGUAUGAACACAUAGUUGGUUUAUUAUAUCAGCAAGUACCUUUAAUAAGGAUGUUAAGUGGCCUAUGAAUGGAUAUGUUUUUUUUUUUGUAACCACUCAUUUCAAAGAUCCCAUCCUUCUACAGUUGCUGCAGCCAAGGCCAGAAUACAUCAGAGGCAUAGGUGUGCAUUGGGGAGGCAACCCCUUCCCCGGAAGACAAAAAACACAGCAGCCAACCUUAGAAAUGACACACAGCCAGUCAUAGAUGAUCUUUUCCAUUUGCUUCCUAAUAUUUGCCAUUGUUUUGACAGUCCCCCAACUUCUUUUCCUCUUAAUUCUAAUUCCUGUUUUCUGUCCUCUUCUUUUCAUUGGCUGCUGAAAAAGGACAUUUGCAGCAAGAUCCAUUAUUAAUGCAAAUUUGGCUAAAAAGAAAAACAAUCAAAACGCUUGUUUCCCUUAUUUUGAUGCCAAUGAGUGACGCUGACAGCUUUAGCAGAAUAAAACCAGAAAAGGAUUGUGGGUAAAAUCUGGCAGAUGCAUUGUAGCUGGGGCUAAUAUUCGAAUGUCCUAACCUUCAAUUAUAGUCACCUUCAGUUAUAUAAAACAAUAUCCUUCAAUGUUUCUUUUCAAUCUGAUGCUAAAUUAAGCGGAUACCAGGAUUUUGUUGUGAUUUAGGGACAUACAGCGGGAAGGGGUCAAAAACAAAAAGCUGCUUCUAGGUGCCAUAACCUACACUUCACUUAAACCUCACGUCCAUCAGUGUCCGGAACGCAAAACGGCACAAGUUGGAAGCAAAAGUGGAUUUUGUUUGAUACCGUGUUGCCUUUUAUAUUUACGUUUCCCACAUGCAAACAGUUUACUGCUGUGACUUUAUUGAUGCUGAAUAGGUAGAAGCUCUAACACUGUAGGACUCCAUUAUCACCAUCAAAUACCUUUAUUUCUGUGGAUAUAGAAAAGCUGAGAAUAGCAACAGAUGAACACUUUCAUAGUUGUGAAGCAUAAUGACCCUUCUGUCAUGAUAUCCAGGUAGAGGCUAAAAACACAAAUGUAGCUGUUAUUUAAUAAUAAAGGAUUUGCAUGGCUGUUGAAUUAAACAGCCUGUUAUUUGCUACACAAUUACUUCCCAUUGCCUCUACACAAAUUCAGAGGUCUACUUUGUACUAUCAGAUGCAUGCAACUGGAAUGAGACUGCAUCAUGAAGACAAUCAGCUUUUACUGUUAUCAGUUUGGAAAAAGCAGCAGAGACUCCUCCACUAAAUCAGAAAGGUGAAACUUUAAAUUCAGUAGCUCGGCGUUAAGUUUGUUCUCUUUGUGCUGCUUUUAAGAUUCCUGUCUGAACUUAUGAUUCUUUAAAAACACAGAGUGAGUUUAAAGCAUGUGGGUUUGUAUUUAAUAAACAUACAUUUUGUGCAGAUAUUUAGAAACAAAGGGAAUGUUAAUCAACGGCACUGAAUCACUUAUUAACCGAGUGCUUUAAAAACAAAACAAUGUUCCAAAGUGCAUAUAUGGAUAAUAAAGAACUCCCAUGAAACUCCUGA